AUCCAUCCCUAUCCAUCCACUUCCUAUUCAUCAUCAUCAUCAUCAUCUUAUCAUCCAUUACCCACAUCGAUCAGUCAAUAUGUUGAAACUUCAGACAUACCUUAUUCUGGCUGUUGCCGCUAUGUCUUGCACUGCUCAAGACUUAACUGCAACGCUAAAGUGUGGUUCACCCCCCCAGCCGAUUGAUGAUAAUGCUUGCAAAACGGCUUUAAAACAGCUUGCACCGUAUGUAAAAAAUAACAUCCUCGUUCGCGAUGAAUCGGCAUUUCAAGUGUCUUGCGCAGGCUGUAAGCUUACUAUUGGAACAUCAAAUGGUGGAAAUCUGAAUGUUCUCUAUGAAAAAGUUCAAUUAGGGCUGAACAAUCUCUUGGCGGCAUGCCCACAAAAAGGUGCCUCUCUUGGCAUGUCAGGUGGCUCGACCAACACCGACCCGAACACCGAUACAGGUGCUACGUUGACUAUCAGCUAUCCUACUACAAAUACAGAUGGCUGUUCAAUCAUAUAGGCGAUUUAGUUGAUUGGCACCCAAGAAUUGAAGAUUAUACGGUUCUCUCUAGGUUAUCUAUUCCUUUCUUA